CACAGCAGCGGGCAUGGGAACUGAACUACAAUUCCCAGAGUGCAUCUCUAAGAGGAUUCUGGGAAGUGUGGCAGAAGCAGCAAUGAUCUCUCCGGGGAAAGGAAGCCAUUGAACGUGAACCUUUGGCGUUUCCUUCCUGCUGAUUCCUGAGGACUAGGAAGGUGCCCUGAAAAUAAUUCAGAGACCUGACAAUGUCCCUGUAUUGUGGAAUAGCUUUCAAGAGAAAAUUUUUUUGGUGCUACAGGCUGCUGUCAACCUAUGUUACUAAGACACGGUAUUUAUUUGAACUGAAGGAAGACGAUGAUGCAUGUAAAAAAGCCCAGCAAACAGGAGCAUUUUACCUCUUUCAUGGUCUGGCUCCUCUGCUUCAGACUUCAGCACAUCAAUAUGCGGCCCCCCAGCAUAGCCUAUUAGAGUUGGAAAGGCUCUUGGGUAAAUUUGGACAGGAUGCACAAAGAAUAGAAGAUUCUGUGCUGAUUGGAUGCUCUGAGCAGCAGAAAGCAUGGUUUGCUCUGGAUCUAGGCCUGGAUAACUCCUCUUCCAUACUUGCCUCCUUACCCAAACCUGAAAUGGAGACAGAGCUCAAGGGGUCUUUCAUUGAGCUGAGAAAGGCUCUCUUUCAACUUAAUGCAAAGGAUGCCUCCUUGCUGUCCACGGCUCAAGCUCUUCUCCGCUGGCAUGAUGCUCAUCAGUUCUGCAGCAGAAGUGGGCAGCCCACCAAGAAGAACGUGGCUGGCAGCAAGCGUGUGUGCCCUUCCAAUAAUAUCAUCUAUUAUCCACAGGUGGCUCCUGUGGUGAUCACUCUGGUGUCAGAUGGGAACCGAUGCCUGCUUGCCCGCCAAAGCUCCUUUCCCAAGGGAAUGUAUUCUGCCUUGGCAGGUUUUUGUGAUAUAGGUGAAAGUGUGGAAGAGACUGUCCGUCGAGAAGUUGCAGAAGAGGUGGGAUUGGAGGUGGAAAGCCUGCAGUACUGUGCAUCCCAGCACUGGCCCUUUCCUAAUAGCUCACUCAUGAUUGCUUACCAUGCAACUGUGAAACCAGGGCAGACAGAAAUCCAGGUGAACUUGAGAGAACUAGAGACAGCUGCCUGGUUCAGUCAUCAUGAGGUAGCCACAGCCCUGAAGAGAAAGGGCCCUUAUACUCAGAAAGAGAAUGGGACUUUCCCAUUUUGGCUGCCCCCUAAGUUAGCCAUCUCCCACCAACUAAUUAAGGAGUGGGUGGAAAAACAGACCUCUUCUUCCCUGCCUGCUUAGGCCAGAUCAAGUCACUUGGAUCUCUCCUUGGUAUUCCUGAGGAACCAACUAGAGAUCAGUUGACAAAGGAGAAGUGACAAAAGACUAGCUGCAGAAGGACCUCUGAAGGGCAAAGCAGAGGGUGAGCCUCCAGUAAGACACCUCUAUCAUCAGUGUUAAUGGAAGAAAUUCCUACUAAUGGGCAAUCCAAAAAGCCAGUGUGAGAAGAAAACUGAUGAGCUGUCAACUGUCAAAAUCAGGGUGAAGAGGGAAGCAUUAGUUUGAAUGUAGGCCCUCGUUCCAAGACCUUGGAAGCAAACAUCUUCUGGCAUAUGGCUUGUUAAUGCUUUGUUUACACUAACUGCCAAAAUGUAAAUUGGCAGUUGUUGUAAAUUUGGUUAAAACUUUUAUCUGGCCGGGCGCGGUGGCUCAAGCCUAUAAUCCCAGCACUUUGGGAG